GUUUUGGUUUGGUAAUUAACAUACGUCGAGGCUCGAGCCGAUGGAAAUCUUUCUACACUGUUGACUGUUUCUCCUACCGCCGCCGGCCGCUGGUUUCAAUUUCCAUGCUAUUUAUGUAGCCAGUGCAUGAUUUCCGAACAAUAUUCCAGUGUCCAAGAAUUACUUCAACAAAAUGGCAUCUAAAAGAAAUGUUCGUUACAGUCGCCUUCCUGUUGAUGAAGAUGAUUAUUACGAUGGCCAAAAUGAUCCUAGAUUUGAUUACGUACCGAAAACCUAUGACAAAGUUCCAUGGAAAUCAAUAUGUCUUGCACUGUUCUUGCUCCUCCUCGGAUGCCUUCUUCUCUUGCUUUCGUUUUUCAUCUUCACGGGUCAUAUGGGAGGAGAUUCCUCGCAAGCAUACGGUCUCUUAGGACUCGGAUUUCUUACUUUCUUGCCAGGCUUCUACGAGACGAGGAUUGCUUACUAUUCCUGGAGAGGCACUCAAGGCUACCGGUUUGCUUCGGUUCCCGACUACUAAGGUUUUUGUCCGAUUACUCAUGUUUUACUAUCUUAAAUUUAUGCUUUUCCUUUGUUAGUUUUGCUACCCUUGUGUUGCUUAGAACCAAGUAUAUGUGUACUUAAUGAUCAGCAGAAAUCUCUUGUUGCCUUUUGCCUUUUGUAAUGUACAAAAAUAAAUUGGCUUUUGCUCAAACUCUGUGGCAUAUUUGUUUUGGAUAUUUAUUCAUUGUCAAUAAGGUACA